AGAUUUUGACAUCAAAGGGAACGUCCUGACUGACGAAUGAUUACACAGUCAAACGCUGAAGCCCCGCCCCCUUGGCACAGUGGCGAGACCACCUGAUGUUUGAGCUCGAGCUGCCGCACUCCACUCCUGUCUGCUCGCGCUUGAAAAGCUGACGAAGGAGCGGAGCUGUCAUUGCUGCUCGGCUCUACCGAAUGCGCCACUAACUACACCGACAACGGGAGAGGACACACGGAGACUUUACAGAAAAGCACGAGACGCCACUUGAAGACAGCGACAUUUCUAAACGAAUUGUUUUGCCAAACGCCUUGCCAUGAACUCGUUAACACAUCUUUUUCCGUUUGGAGUACGAUGAAAUAUGAAAUACUGAGGUUUGUAAAUGAUGUAUGUUAUUACAGUCACGAUUCACAGUAAAAAGUGUUCGCACGCCGGGCAUGUAUCUUAGCUGUCAUCAAGCAGCAGUAAACCGAGUUUUUCCAGGUUAUAAACGCGUGUGCAGCUUCUCCACCGGUGACGGCUGAGUAGGUGUCGAUCUCAGGUGAUUCUCUGGGUUGGCAUCAUGGGAGGGAAUCUGGGGUGCCACAGGUCAAUCCCCAAAGACCCCACCGACCUCAAGCACAACAAGCGCAAAUUCAGCGCCGCGUGUAACUUCAGCCACAUCCUCGUGAACCAGGAGCGCCUCAACAUCAACACGGCUACCGAGGAAGAGCUCAUGACUCUACCGGGGGUGAACCGGGCGGUUGCGCAGAACAUCGUGGAGUACCGCGACUGCAUCGGAGGAUUCAAAAAAGUGGAGGACCUGGCGCUCGUGAGCGGGAUCGGCGCCACCAGACUUGAGAUGAUCAAGCUGGAGAUCUGCGUGUCCGGUAAGAGCGGAUCUUCCCAGCACUCGCCGUCCUCCGUGCGCAAAGUUCACGAACACUUGGCUUGCACUGGCAUGAACAUUAACACCGCCACAGCGGCUCAGCUGGAGAGUAUCCGCGGCAUAACGGAGAAAAUAGCCAGGAGCAUUGUGGACUACCGAGCCGGACACGGACCCUUUAAAAGCAUAGAGGAUUUAGUUAAAGUCAACUACAUUAACUCCUCUCUGCUGGACAAAAUCCGCUUUCAGGUGUUUGUCGCGCGAUCGAGAACACCCUCAACCAACACUAACGGGGGUUUCACGUGCAUGACCAAGUCGCAGCCGAGCCCGACCUCGUACAGCCUGAGAAGCGAGGACGCGGACCUGCCCUCCGGGGGCCCGCCCCACAUCCUCUCGGCCCGGUCCACCGUGGAGCUGCCCCCGGGACACCGGGACGGUCGGCCCGUGAUGCGGGUGGCCACCUGGAAUCUGCAGCUUUGCUCCAGCGAGAAGGCCAACAACCCCGGAGUGAAAGAGGUCGUUUGCAUGACUCUCCUGGAGAACGACAUCAAGAUACUUGCCGUCCAAGACUUAGUUGAUCAGGAUGCCCUAGACAAGUUCUGCGUGGAGCUGAAUCAGCCCGUCCUGUCCACAGUGAGGAGGUGGAGGGAGCCUCGGGGUGUGUGGAAGUGCUGUGUGUCUGACACGCCAACUGGACACUCCUCAAAGGGGGCGCACUACUCUGGCUUCCUCUGGGACAACUCCUGUGGGAUCGAGCUGAGAGAGGCUGUCGUCCUGGAGAAUCCCAUCGCCGAUGGCAACGGGAAGCAGGGGCAAUCUCUGCCUUAUCUCGGGCGGUUUUAUGUCGGCUCGUCAGAACUGAGUCUCGUUAACGUGCACCUGCAGGCUCCGCCCUCAUCAGGUGAGCCGAAUGGGCGGAGCCACACCUCUAACGGACAUAAAGCCCCUCCCCUCUCAGGGAAAAUUCAGGAAACACUGAAAGGAGACAAGGAUGUGGUGGUGCUGGGGGUGUUUGGGGCGGCGUGUGACGGGGCGGCGCUGGAGGCGCUGAGGAAGGAGAAGCUGAGCGCCCUGCUGCCCCCCUCCGUCUACACCAACAUCAGCACCAGCGUCCCCCGCGGCUCCAGCUGCCUCGACAACAUCUGGCUCAGCCGCAGCCUCAAGAAGAUCUACACAGGUCACUGCUGUGUGGUGCGCGAGGGCCUAACCAACCCCUGGAUCCCUGACAACUGGUCGUGGGGGGGCGUGGCCUCUGACCACUGUCCCGUGGUCGCGGAGUUCUUUGUAGACAUCCUCCCCAAGGAGCCCGGUCGCCAUGGCAACGGGAUAGCCAGUGUGGACAGGGGGGACAUGAUGCCCAAACACGAGCGGUGAUGACCUGGACUCAGGGUUGCCAUGACGCCCAAACACGAGCGGUGAUGACCUGGACUCAGGGUUGCCAUGACAGAUCACUUCGACCAAUUGGGGCACUUGGAACCAUUUCACAGUGACUUGUUUUUUAGUUUCGUUUUUUUGCUGCUCGAUCCUCUCUCCUCAUCCCUAACACACACACACACACACACACACACACACACACACUUCUCCCUGUGGAGUGGUUUCCUUCUAUGGACUGGCUCUGCGGUGGACUAAGACAAAGCAGUUUGAGAUUAAUGUGGAAAAAGCACCAAGAUUGCCUUUUCAGAUUCCUGCUUGGGUGUGCAAUACAGACUGCCAAACGGCUCUGACGAGCGCCAAGAGAUUGUUCCUGCAGACGGAAAGAGUUCUUCGAGAAGAAGAAGUUUAUUUAAAGAGAAAAUAUAUCAAUUAUGUCAAUGCAUAUAGAAAUUCUAUAUAUCAGAGACAGUUUAUGACGCGUGCCAAACUUACUUAAUGAAAAGGAAGGAUUUAUUAAUUGUUUGUUUUGUUUUAAUUAUUUUCUUUCUUUGAACCUUCAGGUCUUAAUGAACUCCUGUAUUGCGAGCUUUGUUGUGUUAAGGAUGCACAAAAUGAUCAGGGCUCCGUGAUGCUUUGAAGGACAAAAGCAAACGGUCGCACAAGGAGCUUUUGAUCAUCACUGAAUAAUAAAUGAGUUUUCAUCAA